AUGACUGGCGGCGUCACCGUUCGCGAUGUUGAUGCGCAGAAGUUCGUCAACGCCUACAGCGCUUUCCUCAAGCGUCAAGGCAAGCUCCCAGUCCCCGGUUGGGUUGACACAGUGAAGACCGGUCCUUCGCGCGAGAUGCCGCCCCAGAACAUCGACUGGUACUACGUACGUGCUGCCGCAGUCGCGAGACACGUAUACAUGCGGAAGACAGUUGGUGUUGGCCGGCUCCGAAAGGUCCACGGCAGUGCCAGAAACCGCGGUGUCGCCCCCUCCCACCACGUUGAUGCCAGCGGCAGCGUCGACCGAAAGGUUAUGCAAUCCCUUGAGAAGAUCGGUGUCUUGGAGCAGGACGAGGAGAAGGGUGGUCGCAGAAUCACCCAGUCCGGCCAGCGUGAUUUGGACCGAAUCGCCCAGACUGUUGCCGAGGCCGAGGAGGAAGACGACGAGGAUGACGAGUAA